AUGGUACCGGAGAAUGACAUGCACAUGUACUACAAGAAAGGGAUAGUUUAUGGCUAUAGAGCAGAGGAGAGGCUCGAGGAAAGGGACGAUGUAGACGGUGCAGAUGAUGGAAUAGAGGUUAGACAUGGGGGGCUUCGCUGGAGGCAGCUUGGGUUUGCAGUGGCACAUUGCAAGCUUGAUCGAAGGGUAGCCAAUUUCAUGAACGUUCUUUGUUAUCAGGGGGUCUACAGGUAUGCCUUGAUGGAAAUGGGGUUAGACGUGUCUGACAUUCCGAUUGGGAUGGUUUCCAAUGUCCACUUAGAAAGAUGUGAAGAGCUACUCCUAGAAUUGCUAAAGAGACUAAAAUUGAUGGAGGCGGUGGGGCUAAAAGCCGAGUUCUAUUUAGUUUGGAAUUGUGUUUCUGUUGGGCAUAUGUAUGUUGCAUAUGCAUUGGAGACUGUCAGAGACAUUACCGUGGCUUCCUAUCUCAUUGGAGACAUGACAGGUCCUACCAUUGAUGAUCCUCUAUCUAAGAGAUACAAGAAAUUGGGAUGCUCUAUUUCUUCUAUGGAGAAGGGUUUGAACAAGUACCAUAUGAUCCUGACCUACCUGGAAAGAACUUAUGAACCAAUCGAAGUUGGAGACCAUUUUGGGAGGGCUAUUGUCUGCUUCGACGCUGCAGUUGAAGCUGCAAAAUAUGCAUUUAUGGCUGUGGACAGGCCAGAAGGGUUCUUGAUUUUGGCUAUUGUUUCUCUAGGAGAACAAGUCCUCUAG